GCUUCCCUUGAAUAGCGGCGAUCUGAUCAUGGCAGAUGAGACUGGUGGCGGCCGCGGGAACCCUGGUCCGGCACUCAAUCUGUCGGGGGAGAGCACAACCAUGUUUGCCUCACGCCCAAACGCAUCGUCAUCCUCUCCUUCGCAUGGCCGCAUCAGCCUAGAAGGAUAUUCAUGGCCGCCGCAGUUUGAAGCUGCAGUACCAUCGAGAAGGACGGGAGCGGCCAUGACGAACCACGGUGGCACUGCCGACGACUUGUCCCGCAUAAACCUUGCGGAUAAGAAUGGUUGUGCGCACGCCAUGAACUUGCAGGCCCCACGCUUCAUGUCAGGAGGAGGAUUCCGGGAGGAUACGACCACCGCCAUGAUAGGAGAAGGAGCUCAGCAGGACGACGGGGUCGCCGGUGUAGAGCAAAGAAUGCAGGCUAUUGAUAAAGUUGGACAAACGUUGAUUGUUCCAAAAGUUGGAUUGGCUUUCGAUUCAGAGGACAGCGCUUAUGAUAUGUACAACGCAUAUGCCGUCAAGGUUGGGUUCAGUGUCAGAAAAAGUCACACAAAGCGACGAGGUGAUAAAAGUAUAUCUCAAAAAUAUAUAGUUUGCAGUAACGAAGGCCAUCGAGAAAUCCAAUCAUCUAAGGACACUACAAGGACAGGUUGUGAGGCUCGUAUUCAGUUUAGUGUCAACAAGGAUGGUAUUUGGACAGUGCAAAAGCUUAUAACAGAGCACAAUCACUAUCUUGCUAGUCCCAAUAAGGUGCACAAGCUGAGGUCCCAAAGACGUGUUAUAGAAGCGGAUAGGCAUCUAAUUGGCCAGAUACGGGAAGCCGGGAUGAAGCCAUCCCAGGUAUAUGACUUUAUGGUAGCAUUUUACGGAGGACCCGACAAAGUACCAUUCUCAAAGAUGGACUGCAAUAAUGAGAUUGGUCCCGAGCGCAAGAAGUAUUUAGAAUCAAAUUAUGCACAGACACUGUUGGAAUACUUGAAAAAUAAGCAAAGAGAGGAUCCUACAUUUUUUAUGCCAUUCAGAUAGAUCAAGUUGAUGGCCAGAUAGCUAAUUUCUUUUGGGCAGAUGGUCAGUCUAUCAUGGAUUACGCAUGUUUUGGGGAUGCUGUAUCAUUUGAUACCACUUUUCAGACUAACAAGUUUGAAAUGCCUUUUGCUCCAUUCGUUGGUACCAACCAUCACAAGUAGACAGUAAUUUUUGGGGCCGCGCUGAUAUUUAAUGAGAGUAUCGAUUCAUUUGUUUGGCUCUUUGAAACAUUUUUAACAGCGAUGUCAGGCAAGCAUCCGAGCACUAUUUUCACUGAUCAGGACAAGGCCAUGGACGGAGCAAUUGCAUAUGUGUUCCCAAAUACAAGUCAUCGGCUUUGUUUGUGGCACAUUUAUCUUAAUGUUGCAAAACAUCUUGGGCAUGUAAUUCAUGAGCAUCCUGAGAAGUUUUUACCUAAUUUUAAGAUAUGUGUCUAUGAAGAUAGGUCAGAAUUUUACUUCAAUAAAAAAUGGUUUGAAUUGUUGGAUCAAUACAACCUUGAGGACAAUGAAUGGAUGAAAAAUCCAGCGAGGUUCCGCUAGUUUCGGCUGAGUGUACUACAAACACAAUAAAUGGUACAAUAUCAUUCAGAGUUCCUCAGGUGGUGAAAGGCGCAAAGCGUAAACGGGCAACCAUCUCCCUCGAAAAAAAGAAAGGGAAGAAAAAUAAAAGUGCUAAAAAGAAAGGAGAAAAUCAAAAAAAUGUAGUACAGAAUAGGGAUGACGGCAUUGAUCCGAAGGAAAUGAUGGAUGUGAAUGCUGGUAGUAUUGACAUUACUAAUACCAUGCCAAAAUUUUCAAAUGAUGUCUAUGGGCGAUCUUCGAUCAUGGCUGCACCGUUGAUCCAAGGCAGAUACGCUAAUGCCACAAUGCUAACCUUUGCAAAUGAUUUGUAUGGGCAACCUUCAACCAUGUCUGCUCCAUCUAUCCAAGGCGGAUUUACAAGUCUUUUACUUGGGGUUGAGCAGGAUGCCACAUUGUCCUCAACUGCUAGAAAGUUACCUUUUGAUGAUUAGUAUUACGGGCACCCUAUAAGGAGUACAACUUUUUUGAUGUCAUUUGGUGUAUCUAUGAAUUAUAAUUGAUGCACUGUAGUA